CUCCCCCCUUCACUGGUAUAUAAUUUCCCUGAUCAGUUGUUAAACAAACACUUUCUCUCAAUUUUACUCCGAGUGCUCCGGUCUCUCGACACUUUACUCAGUAAACUUUGGAGCUUAAAAUAUGGCGAAAAGUUCAAAUGUGUCUGGAACGUGGAAAAACGAACUCGGCUCUAUUAUGAAGUUGGAGGUGAAUCAAAGUGGUCAAAUAAGUGGGACAUACAUAACCUAUGCUGAGUAUCUAAGGUGUGCUAGGUCAAGCAACAGUCCAGGAGAAGAGGCUGACAUUGUGGGCUACAUCAAUACACAGGAGACUGAAAAGACUACUACUACUACUCUUGCCUUCUGCAUAGCCUGGAAGAUAGAAGGCUCGUGUAGUGCAUUCUCUGGCCAGAUCUUUAAGGAGGAGGACGGUACUGAUGUAAUAAAGACCACCUGGCUUCUACAUAGACCUGUGGAUUGCCUCUUAGGCAACUGGAAAGCUACAAGGGUUGGGGAGAACACCUUCCACAGAGUCAACUGAAAGAAAUUCUAAAGGAUAUGAAGUGGAAAAUGACUUGACAAUCAUUUUUCAAGUUAAUUAACAAAAUAAAGUUUGUCGUCAUACCAAAAUAAAAAAAUAUCAACUUAAUAUCAAA